AUGCGCGUGGAAGACUCAACAGAUGAUACUCCAAUGAAGCCUGCCAUGUACCGCCAUGACGCGGGCGAUCUGUUCGCGAAAGACGUGGACCCACAAAUGGCUCUCUUGCCAGAGAUUAUCGCUCCCACAGAAGAAAUGGCUGUAUAUGACAUCCAGUGUGGCGAUCUAGGUGUGCCACUGACAGAAGAUCAAGAGAAUUUAAGGCAACUGAUCUGA